CCUUCCGAUUGGGGACCCUUUGUUGACUUACACCCCCCCGGUGACGACAUCCACUCACAACUCACCACUAUCCCUUACCAUACACCACAACUAUAAACAUACGUACAAUUAUGGCCUCCAUACUUGAGGCCCUCCAGCCCCACCCAGAAGACCAUCUCCACCUCCGUCUUCACCGAGCCCGCUCCGUCAUUCUCACCAGUCAAGAACUGGUUGAAAUCCGCGCCGCCCAACGGACCUUUGAAGGCGCCUACAUGCGCACCGCCCUCUCACAAUUCUCCUUUGCGCUCAUCAUCCUCAAGAUCUUCACAUCGGAAUUCUACCCCAUCGGCGCUUUGUUCGCCGUAUACGGAGCUGCGGUCAUGUUGGUGGCAAUCUAUCGGCGAUAUGAAGGAAAUCGACAAUUUUUUGAUCAGGAGGUUGAGGAGGACUUGGAUAACGACGAACGUCAUGGGGCCGGGACAGCGACAGCGACAGGCUUUGAUGGACAGAUGCGACAGGGCGAUGAACUGGUAGUUGAUGGAAUGGGAGGAGGAGGACAACGGUUGGAAAGGAGAAAGACGGUCAUGGUAGUCAAGAAAAAGUUUAGGACCAGCACGAAUAGUGUGGCGUUGUUGACGGGGUUGAGUUUUGCGGCGUAUGUGACGUUGAUGGUGUUGUUGUGGGAUUUGAGUCGAUAAGAUUAGGCUACGCCGGGUGGAAAAGCUUUCCUUGGAUCACUUUGUUUCCCUUGUGUCUUGCGAGUGAUUUCACGCAAGUAUAUAUAGCAUUCACAUGGCAAUUUCUAUUUGGACUAAGAGUUCAUGUACAUUAAUUAUUCCGUGUGCAUCUCUGCGGCAAGUCUCAAACGCGAAGCAAGUAUGGUAUCAGAUUCCACUGAAAUGAUCAUGGGGAUAAUCCUUCUAGAGCAAUGA